UUGCGAAUGUUUAGACUGUGGUGGCAAGGUUAAUAAGAAAAUUCUGGUUUGCAAAAAAGAGUUAAUAGACCCACAAUAAUCUUACAUUAAAUCCAGAUUACCAGCUUCACCUUAAUUGUCAAUAUAACCAUAAAAUGUUAGACCAUCUAAUAGAGAUUUAAGUUUGAUAGGCUCUUCGGCUCAUUUUAGUAUUAAUUUAAUUAAUUUUUAUGUGAUAAGCAUUCUAAAUAGACCAUUUAAAAAAGUAAUCGUGUCUCCAUUUUGCCUGUUAUUCAAUUGAUACAAGCACAAAAUUUAAUGAAAAAAAUUAGUACAACUCAAAAAAUUGAAAAGGAAGCAAAAGCUAAAAUGAGCAUAUCAACUCACAGUCUAUUUAAUAAGGUUCAAUAGAAGAUGAUUAUUAAUAAGGAUUAAGAUACUGAUAAAUUAAGAUCAGUAUUAGAAAUAGAUAAUAAUAAACAAAAAAAAGAAGAGACAAAUAAAUAACACAAAUAGACUCCAAAUUAUGGUUAAUUUCGAAUUAAAACUGAAAGUGCCAACUAUUAUUUUGCUUCAAUUAAAUAAAAGAAAUCUGCAGUUAAUAUUCCUCGUCUAUGUUUGGAUGAGAAUAAAAAGAAUAGUCUAAGUAUUUUUGAAUCAAAAACACCAAGACUUUUGUUGGCAAGAAGUGAAAAAUAUAAUUAAAAACAACCUUUAACCUAAAGACUUAUGUGUACAUAUCUAAAAAAAGAAAAUACUAAUUCUAAAUUAAUAAAAAGUAGUAACAAAACUUGA